AUGCCCGGAGAGAUCGCAUCCGAUGAAGUAUUUUCUCGAGAACAGCAGUUCAGAAUUGAUUAUUUCAACGUGUUAGACACUUUCUUAUCGCAAAUGCAAUGGCGAUUCGACAAAAUGACCGAAGUCAACGAUGAUUUUUGUUUCCUGACCGGAUCAUCCCUCGAAUCCUGGUCCGUAAUAGAUCUAAAGAAAAACGCCAUGGACUUAGGCCUAUUGUACGCUAAAGACAUAGAACCUGCGGAGUUUGUUAGCGAGGUAGAAAGUUUUAAAUUCAUGGCGGCAUCAGUUUUUCCGAAUCUAAAAAAAGCCACGCCGUUACAAUUGCUUAACGGCAUCAGGGAUUUUUCGCUGACGUCAGCCUAUCCUAAUAUAGAGAUAGCUUACCGCAUUUUCUUGACUAUGCCAGUUACUACUGCAUCGUGCGAAAGAGGCUUUAGUAAACUGAAACUCAUAAAAACUUACUUGAGAUCAACGAUGGGACAGGGAAGAUUGACAGGCUUAGCUAUACUAUCUAUAGAAAAUCGUUUAGCUAAGACCUUAGAUUAUGACGAAGUAAUCAACGAAUUUGCGUCUCGCAAAGCUAGGAGAAUAGCUAAUUUAUAA